AUGUCAAGUCCUCCCUUGCCAGUUCUUGAACGAGUAGCUUCUUUACCUAUUGUUACCGAUAACAGCGACAAUCUCACCAGCCGCUUAAUUUCAUUAUUCAUUUCUGUAUUGGUAGCACUAGCAUCAGGUACCCUCUACUUAUAUGGGGUAUAUUCUCCUCAAUUCAUCAAACGUGUUGGGCUCACCACUUCAGAUUCAGCGACAAUAGCACUAUCAAUGACAAUGGGUUCAGGCAUAGGUGGACUACCUGCGGGGUUGAUAGUAGAUAAGUAUGGGCCUAUGUUUUCUACACGUAUGGGUUCUAUAUGCAUACUUGUCAAUUACUACUUGGUAUACAGAAUAUAUCUAAAUCAACACGACAACUUGCUUCUUAUUUGCAUGUGCAUGGCAUUUGUGGGAUUUGGGUCAAUAAUAUGUUAUUUUUCGACAUUAAAGGCAUCCCAGGCCAAUUUCCCUAAUCAUAGAGGUGGUGCAGGUGCAUUACCAGUAAGUGCUUAUGGAUUUGCAGCGACAAUUUUCUCAAUUAUAUCGGCAAGGUUUUUCGAUGAGGAUACCGGUGGAUUGCUUCGAUUCUUGUCCAUAUUCUGUGGAUGUGUCAGUUUUAUAGGAUCGUUCUUUAUUCGUGUUUACCAUGAGGUUGAUCACCAUGAAGACUAUCAUGAAGAGUUAGGUGUUGGUGAUGGACAAAACGAAGAAUUGGCAUUGCUUGAAGAUCAAAAUUUUAAUCCAACUCCCCGUCCGGUAGAUUCCGAAGAAUUAUAUGGAUCAUUUGCAUUCUGGGGGAUAGGUGAGCAUACACCACAAGCUUCUGAUUCUGAGUCUUCGAGCUUAUUAGAACUCCAAUCACCACCCAAACUACCAAGGAUCACUCCUCAAAUACAACCUAAACCUAAACCUCACAAAAAGAAACAUAAGAUAAAACCUUUGGAGGCUAUAAAGCAUCGUGUUAUUGAUGCAAAAUUUCUUAUUCAUUACUUGAUUGUAGCAAUUACUACCGGUAUCGGACAAAUGUAUAUCUACAGCAUUGGAUUCAUAGUGACUGCCCAAUACUACUACAAUAGGAAAAAGGACGAGGAGGACCUUUCCAAAGACCCAGAAACUGUUCAUCUUCAAGCUGUUCAAGUCGCUGUCAUUUCUAUUUCCAGUUUCUUGGCUCGAUUAGUUGCUGGAUUCUUAAGUGAUGUUCUCCAUAGACGAAAGUUCCAACGGCUUUGGAUUGUACUAGUCACCAUUAUAAUUCAAUGCUUAGGUGAACUACUUCUCGUGGUCAAUGAAUCCAAUCACACUCUAAUUAGUAUUUCCCUGGGCAUCAUGGGUUCUUGUUAUGGUUUAGUAUUUGGAACGUACCCUGCAAUAAUGGCGGACGAAUUUGGAACCAAGACAUUCUCCACUAAUUGGGGAUUGGUAUGUACAGGAUAUGUUAUUACUUUAUUCAUACUUACCAAGUAUUUUGGUUGGAUCUACGAUAAGAAUACCAACCCUGUUACUGGUCAUUGCUACAAGGGAAAUGGAUGUUACAUUGGAGCAUUCGAAUUAGGCAUGAUAUUAUCUGGUAUUGCAUUUGUAGCUACAUGCACAGUGAUGUGGAAACAUAGAAUACAGUAA